CUCAAGAGAGGUUCAUAUGACAAAUAUAUCUGAAGUAGUUGGCACUGAUGGUAUCAACUUGAAAUGUGUAUAUGCCAAUGAUCAUGGCGACCUAGUGACAGGUGUAGACUUCUUUGCCAUAAAUGAUUCUACAGACUCAUUUGUCAAAAUAGCAGAAUCAACAUUAUCUAUGUCAAACCCAACAAAGUUACUACCCUAUGGAGAAUAUCUGUUUGGCAGUGCUUAUAUCACCAAAUUGUCAGAUUUGCCUUCUGAAGUUGUUCUCACAUUUAAUGACCUAAAAUGUAAACAUGAAAGAAGCUAUAGAUGCAGGCUGAGUGUACACAGCGCUGUGCCAACUCAUUCGGCACCAAUACAAAUAUUUGUUAGAGUUCCACCGUCGAAACCUCAACAUGUUUUGAUAAUUGAUACACCAGUGGAUGUUUCAACUACAGCUGCAAAAGCAAGUGUUCGCAUUCCUACAUCGUCUAAAAAUAAGCCAACUAUAACAUUUCCAGGAAAAGACAUCAUCCAGACAACUCCCUUGUAUAAUUUUGGUUCUCAGAUUGUUGAUGACGACAUUCUGUCUACUACCUUCUCCGAUUACAACACUGUUCAGCAAAUGACCGAGGAGAAAAGUAUAAUGGGAGAAGACUAUAUUACGUUUAAAUGUUCUGGAAAUGUUGGUAAGCCUGCAGGAAUGUUCAUCUUUCAAAAGUUUCGUGAGGACAACAUCCAAUCUACAACCUAUAAUGCAACGACUACCGAAAUAGAAGAGAUUCCAGGAAACUGUUCAUACUAUCGUACAAGCUACCUCAUAUUUCAGGUAACUGCUGAAGACAACCUGGCAGUGAUACGAUGUGUAGUAGUAUCACCUUUAGCAGAAGAGGACACGUAUGUAGAUUCAGAAAAGGUAGAAGUUAAAUAUCACGUACAGAUACCAACUGUAACAAAACAUCCUGAUAAACAAGAAUAUAUAAUUGGUAGAGAUAUUUCUAUAAUAUUAACGUGCACAAGUGACGGAAAUCCUAAACCAAUCUAUCGUUGGUAUAAAGAAAACCAAGAUAAUGGCAUUAUAACUGCUGGAAUCUUUAUUAUUAGUAAUAUAAAUACCACAAAUGGCGGUAUAUAUAUUUGUAACGUCAGCAACACCAUCAAUGGUCAUACCUACACAAAAGCGGCUAAAAUGGAAGUCGAUAUUAUAAAUGAAGAAAAUGAAGCUAAAUCUACAACCUCAAAAACCAUCAUUUCAAAUCAAACUGCAGAAUUAAAAAACGAUAACACCGCUGUCAUUGUGGUUGGCACAGUAUGCGGAUCAAUAAUAUUGGUUCUUUGUGUGAUGUUAUUUGCUGUUGUACAGAACAAGAAGAAAACUUUAAGGUGUCCUCUUACAGUUAACUGCCGAAACAUAACAGAAGACUAUGUAAACACAACACAGCAACAUAAUUCACUAUAUGAAGGAGUUGGACAUGUUUUGGAUGUACAUAACUAUGAAGAACUUUCAACAAGGGAACAUCAGUAUACAAAUACCAACUUUAGUUACUGUAGUAGUUAAUUAAAGUAAAGAGCUACUCUGCGAUAGAAAAUAUUUGCAUUAUAAAAAAAAUAUCCAUUACCAAUUGUUUUAGAAGGAUAUAUGUGUGUUUGUAUUGCCCUAAUAAACAUUUUGUGUACUUUUAUGGGUUUAGUCAUUAUCAGGAAAUAUUUAUGCGUGUAUAAAUAUUAUCUAAUUUUGCCAAACGUUUUCUUAUCAUAACGUAUAAAAUAACAGCCAUUUAAUAUCAGCCAAAUACAUAUUUUAUAAAGGUUUUGCUAAACUAUUUUCAAUUAUCAUGUUAAUUUAUUCGUGCUGGAGUGAACAAGACGUGAGUGAAUACUUCUUUGUUAGAACAUGCAAUAAAAAGGCCUUGUUUGAUCUGGAAGACUGAUAAAUACAGUGUGAUAUUCAAAAUAGGUAUUGUUCAAAAAAGACAUCCGGCAAUAGAAUUUAAGAUCAAGGUCAUAUAUUGUCACCUAGUUUGUCUGCUUCCUCUCACAAAAGGUUUCAUGUGCAUCAUGUAGAAAUUAGUGUACCAGGAAAUACUUUCCUUGUAUAAAAUGUUGGGAAUUUGUCAAAUACAAUAUAUAAUUUGAAUUGGCUUCAUUCAUUUUCUGUAUUGUACCCAAAAAAAUGAUGCACAUUUACUGGCGUUCAUUUUAAGCUUUCAUACGGUUAUUUUCUGUAAACUAACUUUCAUGAAAUAUUAAAAUAAUUCGAAACACUUAGGUUGCUCUAUCCUCGAUUAAAGAUUGUAUAAUUUUUAAGUUUUCACUUAAUGGUCAUAAAAGCUAUGAACAUAUAUUGUACAAAUUUCGAGAUUCCGAUGUGCCUGCUCAUUAACUUAAUUACUGAUUUGUCGUUCUAUCUGUUUUAAUUUGAGAUUAAGAAAAAUUAUGGCAUAGAGCACCAUCGACAACUACUUAAAUUCGACACAUACAAAACGAAGAUUUUCAUUUCCUUUUUGAAACAGAUUUGAAAAAAUAUAAAAUUGUCAUUAACAAGCGAAGUACAAGUAUAAAACAGUAUUUACAUAUCAUAAAAAAAUGUCUAGCACUUCAAUUGUGUUUUUUGUCGAGAACAAACACUCGUAUUUAAAUUAUAAGAUAUUUAUUUUUGCAAUGUAUAUUUAUAAUGUUUUAGUAGUUGUCUUUUUAUCAUUUUCCUUUGAGCUAUGGCGACAUUCGUCUUUUAGCAUCAAGAAUUUGUAAGGACUUUUUUAAAAUAAGAGAUGACAUUUAGUGUUAGGCAUACGUAUGUCACAUUAUAAAGUCUUAAAGUUUACAGCACUCAGUUAUACACACGGGAAUUAUAAGUAUAAACACUUAGGUUAAGUAUUCUAAAUAGUAAUUUCCGGUUAUUGCUUUUGUGAACACGACAUACAAGAUGUUAUCAAUAAAGUUCUUUCUUGUUCAAAUAAUAUAUUUUUAUCAUACCUCUAUACAGAAUUUUUCGUUUUUACCAUAUAAAUUUUAUUGCAAAUA